AUGUCCCCACCAAGCGAGGAAGCAAUCACCGCCGAAAACAUAGCGACUCUCCUGGCACACGACACAAAAGUAAAACUCGCCGGCGUCGAUGCUGACGGCAUCCUACGCGGCAAACUCGUCGCCAAAAAGAAAUUCCUCUCCAUUGCGCAAGAUGGCUUCGGAUUCUGUUCUGUCAUUUUCGGCUGGGAUAUGCAUGACCGCACUUAUUUCAAAGAGCUGAGUAUCAGCAACAAGGAAAAUGGGUACAGGGAUUUAUUGGCCAUUCCAGACCUCCAGUCUUUUCGAAGGAUUCCGUGGGAGGACAAUGUGCCGUUCUUUCUCGUGAGCUUUUUUGAUCCGGAGACCAAGGCGCCGAUUAGUGCUUGUCCGAGGAAUUUGUUGCAAACGUCGGUGGAUAAGUUGGCCAAGUUGGAUUAUAAGGCCAUGGCUGGAGCUGAAUAUGAAUUCUAUCAAUUCCGCGUUCCACACGAUGCAUCGAGCAGCGAGCGAAAUUCGUCGGCGACAGCUUCGUUUUUGAAAAAAAACCCCGUCGAAUCGCUACCUCCGCUCACGGAAGGCAUGUUUGGAUACAGCAUUACGAGACCGGUGCACAAUCAGGACUACUAUUACGGAAUUUUUGAUGCGUGCGAGAAGUUCCGUUGUGACAUUGAAGGAUGGCAUACAGAGAGCGGACCGGGUGUGUUUGAGGCUGCAUUGCAAUUUGGUGAAAUCAAGGAAAUGGCCGACCGGGCUGGGUUGUUCAAAUACGUCGUCAAAUCCAUCGGCAGCAAACACGGAAUAACGCCCGCUUUUAUGGCUAAACCGCGUGAAGGCCUACCAGGUAACAGUGGCCAUAUGCAUAUUUCUAUUGCGACCAAGGAUGGCAAGAAUCUGUUUGCGCGUGAGACGGUCGAUCCGUCACCGCCGUACCCAGACGUUGCCCAUUUAUCAGACAUAGGAAGGCACUUCCUUGCAGGUCUUCUCGAAGGUCUGCCAGAUAUUAUGCCUAUAUUAGCACCCACGAUCAACUCCUACAAACGGUUAGUCGAAAACUUCUGGGCUCCGGUUACUGUAUCCUGGGGUCUCGAACACCGUGCAGCCUCCAUUCGGUUGAUCGCUCCACCCACCGCCAGCGCCAAAGCAACACGCUUCGAAGUUCGCGUCCCCGGCGCAGACACUAAUCCACACUACGUCCUCGCGGCAAUCCUAGCGACGGGUUGGCGAGGAGUGGAGAAGAAACUCGAAAUCUCCUUGCCGCCACUAGGCAAAGGCGAAGAUACAGGAAGUGCUAGCGAUAAGGGAGCUCGGUUGGCCAAGUCACUCAAAGAAGCGAAUGAGAUUUUCCGGAGACCGGACAGUGUUGCGCGUGAAGUGUUUGGAGAUGAAUUUGUGGAUCAUUUUAGUGGGACGCGGGAGCAUGAGAUUGUGCUCUGGGAGGAGGCUGUUACAGAUUGGGAGGUUCGGCGGUAUAUAGAGACAGUGUAA